AUGUCAGUCCCGACUCUCAACUUGACCCUGCCGACGCCGUCGUCGUCGUCGUCAUCCGAGGCAGCAGCAACCAGAACGACUCCGACACCGCUCGGCGCGGACACGAUCACGAUCACACCCGCCGCCUCGACCAGCAGCGCCUCGACCACCCCGGGCAAAGGGACGCCGCUCCCCAUCUCCCCACUCAAACAGCUCAACGCGCAACAAGACGCACCCCCGAUCCGGCCCAAGCUCGAGAGCUGCUGGGAGCAACUGACCACGAACCCGACCCUGUUCGCCGAGCGCUCCAUACCCCAGCUGCACCGCUACUUCAACGAGCUCUUCUGCCUCACACCCAACCCCGACACGAUAGAGCAAGCCCUCGAUGCGCUCUCUGUGCAGGAUCUCCUCGGCGAGUACAAGGUGCGUCGCUCUCCGCCGUAGAGGCCGCAAUGAACGAACGAGACCAGACCAGACCAAACCAGACCAAACCAGACCAAACCAGACCAAACCAGACCGACCGUCCGAUUCUGGCUUUCUGGCUCGCUUCACAGGACAACAUCACCUACCUCUUCACCCAUGCGACCCGCACGCUCAGAGAGACUCAGACCGACCAUAUCACACGCUCCAACAUCACAGAGGUACGCGUUCACUCUUGGCCUCCUCUCCCUCGUGCCUCCCUCCCGCAUCACCCCCCUCCACGUCAUCGCUCCAUCUGCUGACGGUCUGGAGUGGCGCUUACCAUCGUUUGCCCCACGGACUACCUCACACAGACCCUUAUCCCCUUUCUACGCAACCUACUGUCGAGGCGCUACCACAACUUCAGCUACGAGACCAUCAACCUGCUCGCAGGCAGUCUGGCUCAUUCCGACACCGUCUUCACCGUAAGUCGAGCUCGACCUCAUCCACGAGCGACCUUUCCAGAAGCUGACCUUUUUUCUUUUGCGCGAUGCUUGUCCGUAGAACCUCGUCUCGGCGAUAGACCAUACGCUGCAGGACCGCAGCCUCGCCACACCCCUGCGCCACCGGACACUGCAACUCGCGCUCGUCCUCGUCGCCUCCAUAGACCAGGGCUCGAUUAACGCCUACUUUCUGCGCCGCGACCUCUUCUCGACCCUCGUGCAGUUCAUGACCGACGAUGCCACCUGCCAGUUCUCGUUCGAGAGCGCGCUCCUCUUGGGCCUCUUGGCCAACUACAGGCAGCACGAGGCGAGGAACCCUUACCGCGUUCGGAUAGAGGACAUGGUCGAAGAAACCGUCAUGGCCGUGAGUCAUGGACACGUUUUCGCAGAAUGUUCACACACCAACCGAGACAUGAUUUCCGCCCUCAGAGACUCAUCGAGGUCGUUCAGGUAGUGUGCCAGCAGGCUCGUGACUCGUAUACGCACAUCGUCGACGACGCCCCGGCCUCAUUCGUCGCAUCCAUCACCUCCCUCAUCUUUUCCUUCAAGGUGCCCGAGUUCUUCAAGCAGGGUCUUGUCUUCUCCUUGCCUCCACCACCUCCCUUGAACCGUGCGACAUCCAAAGCAUCCCUACGCUCAGAGUCUAGUACCACGCCCGCGGCAAAACCCAAAGCCGAUGGAAGGGCUUCAGUCGAGGCUGAGGUUGAAUCGAAACCGACGGAUGUCGCGACGAAGGACUCCCAGACCACCCCCGCGGCCACGCCGGACCUCGUCGUCUCCUCGGCUCCUUCGACUGCCAUCCCCAAGGAGAAGAAGGAAGAGAACCAAUUCAAGGCCAUGCCCAACGAAGUGCUCGUCAUCCUCCUGCCUUUCUUCGACCUCAUCCAUCUCAACAAGUCGUUUUGCGCUUUCGUGCUGGCCGACUCUCCUUCGGGCAAACGUAAGGCUCUCGCUCUGUGUUCUUCCACUGCUCGCUAUUGACGAUGCGAUCAUUCACAGCUUCGGCACUGCCUUCGACUCUGAUCUCGCUGUGUUCAUACGUCCUGUGCCACGCCUCCGUCUCGUCAAGGGCAAGAAGCUAUGCCCGGCUGUGCUUGUUGUUGAUGAUGGUGCUGGUGGAAGAGGGGGAAGGCAAGCUGUCGAAAGCGACAGAUGAGAUCUGGAUAUGUCGCCAAGUAAGUCUCGACGAUGCUGAUAGGGCUCGCUGCCUCUCGCUGACAGUCAUCCAAGGGACCUUGCAGCGCAUCCCCAUGCUCCCUCGAUCGACAGGAAAACGACCCGCCCUCGCCGCCAUGCUCGACUGUUGCGUCAUCUUCCUGCGCCAUAACCUGCGCAAGAAACUCGACGUCGAGACUUUCAUCGUCUGUCUUCGUCUGAUUCAACGGAUACUACAACAGCUGAAAACAGAACGCAUCCGCCUCGUUUACGACUGGGUCACCGUUUGGCGCUCGAUCCUCUCCCUAGCCGGGUUUGUUGUCUCACAGAUUGAAAUCCUGCGCCUCGUCUCGACGCAAAUCGACGAUCUCAUCUCACAGAUCUUUAUCCUCCUCUCCUAUGCCGCCUAUUGGGGAGAAACUCUCUUUCCUACGAGCGAGGGCUCGGCCCUGUUGUUCUAUGAGCUCUUGCACGCCGACGAGACUCUGAAGGCCUUGUCCGACCUCUUGGGCAUCUCGUCGAUCCCGCUCCCACCUUCCUCGUUCUCGGCCUCGAGCGAGGACGCGGGCAGUCGGAGAAGUUCGUCAUCGGUGUUUGCGAACCCGAGGACGUUGGCGGCCAUUCAGGCGACACCGCUGAUGAAGCCGUCACCAUUGAUGUUGGAUCCGACUACGUUCUUUGGAGGGUAUGCAACAGGCGAUAGCGGGUCCGGCAGUGGUUCGGGCUUGAAACCGCCCGGGCCUUCGAGCAAUGCUUCGACAACGGCGAGCGGGACCUCUGGUUCUUCAUCGACCGCAUCCAGCGCCGAACCGACCGAGGCGUCGCAGUCCCACCUAGCCAAAGGGUUCAUCGCAACCGAAUGCGUCUCGAACCUCCACCUCGCCCGCACGCACUUCAUCAACUCGAUCGAAGCCUUCAAACAAGGUCCCCUCUCACCCCUUGGUAAAGGCGAAGACCCGACCUUGGACCCGGAAACGAUCGUCGCUGUGAUCGAGGAUAACCUGGGUGGGUUGGAGUUGAUUGAGAGUAGUGCGAUGGGGGAUAUGAGGAAAGGGAUUGCGAAUAUGGGUGGGGUCGUGAGAACGAUACCGAGUGUUGGCGCGAUGGCGAAGGGGACGGGUACGACGGGGGUCGGUGCGAAUGGGGAGGAGGCGGAGUUGAGUGGCGCACCGGGUUGGGAGAGGAGCAUGAUGGUCGUGGUUUGUAAAGACGUUUUGUCGAUCCUGUGUCCCUGA